CCUGGCAAAUACUGUCACCAGUUCCCUGUUCUUGUCACAAGCCAAACAGCAUCAGUGUGUUGAAGUCACCAUGUUUCUACUCAUUUGCACCAUAUUUCUCACUGUUCAUGUUUCGAACUCUGAAUACAUUUCGGUGGUGCCAACGCAGCAUGGGAGAAAGGGUGACUCUAUGCUCCUCAAAGUGGAGACUCAUUUCAAUUCCCAGAUUGCAACAUUCCAGGGGACCUGGUACAAGACUAAACCCAAGUACACUCAUUUGGUCACUUUCACUGAGAGCAAUGUUAUCCUAAAUAUGCGCCUAAAGAACAAUACGGUACUCAACCUGCCUGAUGUCUCGCUAUAUAUUGAGCACCUGGAUGAGGAUGUAGAGGGGGAAUACCAGAUGGAGAUCAAUAUCAUCUUCUCAGGAAGCUCCAGGCCAGUGACUGUCACGAAGACAGUCACAGUCACAGUCAGUGUGCCUGUGUCCAUCCCCAUCAUUAGCAAGACACCAGACUCAGAACUAGUGGAAGACAGAGACAAUGUAACGCUGACAUGCUCUGUUGAAAGUGGAACAAAUGUUCACGUCAAAUGGCUGAGGAACAACAAGUUGGUAGGCCUAAGUGAGAGGCAUAAAUUCUCACAAGACCACAGCAAGCUUGUUAUAAACCCUGUCAAGAAAGAAGACAUUGGCCAAUACAUCUGUGAGGCCAAAAACCACAUCAGCAUUGAGCUAAGCAAACAGACUGAUCUCAGUGUGUUCUAUGGGCCCUAUAACCUGGCAGUAAAUUCUGACCAUGGUCUGAAAACUGGAGGGGUGUUUACAGUGAACCCGGGGGAACUGGUCUUUUUUGAGUGUCUUGCGGAUUCAAACCCUCCCAACACCUGCAUCUGGAUCUCAAAGACAAAGAACGGCACAGAGGUUCUCAUGACUGGGACACGAUUUGAAGUGACAUCUUAUGAGCUAGCCCAAACUAAGGAGUUCUUGUGUAGAGCAUUCAACAAUGUGACAAAAAAGGAGGAUGAGACUAAGUUCACUCUGGUGGUGGCCAGUCUUGGCAAAGGAAGAGAGAAGCAUAUUCAGGAGGGGAGUUCACUGUCUCCCUUGACUUUGAUUACAGUUGCUUCAGUGUGCAUUAUUGUGGGCAUGAUGUUUGUGCUCCUAAGGAAGAGCUGCCAUCCAAGAAGAAUGAUAAAGACUAUGUACAUGCGGCCUACGACAGAGCAGAGAGGACUGCACCGCUCCGGUCAUGAAGAUGCAACUGAAGACUUUGGCAUCUAUGAAUUUGUAUCCGUACCUGGGAAAAUAGAAUCGACACAGGCAUCCUGCAGGUCUUUGGCACAGUUCGAUUCAGAUUUGCAUACCACCAUCUAUGAAGUCAUCAAACAUGUGCCUGAAACUCCGACACUGAGUCUGCUGAAAUGAGAGAGAGAGAUGGCUAGUCAUGUGUGCUAGACAUACUGUAUAUGUCAUAUCAAAAUUUUUCUAAUUUUUCUCUGUCCUGUCACACAUUGUGUUGUUUUAGAUAUUUGUUUCUUUUAUAUUCUUUUAAACAAAACCUGCAAUUUUCACAAGUGCUGAGCACUGAUGUUUUGACUAUCUUAAAGGAAUAUAUGUGAAUGAGAACUACAAACUGUUUUCUGUAGCAACUGGCUUAAUGAAAAUACUUAGAGUAUUUAUAUAUAAAUACAGUCAGCAACGUUAUUGUUUUUCUUGCAUUAUAAAUGUAAAUAUGAUGUAAAUAUUUUAAUGUUGACACUGUAUUUUUGCACACUGCAAUGUAUUCUGUGAUAUUGCUCAUUACAUUUCAAAGAUGCCACAUAACAGUUUCAUACAUUUCAUAGCAGUUUUUGAAUUUUUUCUUUUGAAUGUUUGUUUACCAUGUGUUGCACCUGUUCACAUUUUACACUCACAUGGAUGCUCUGUCAUUUGAAA